AUGGGCACAUUUCAACGUCAGAGUCGACUGGUCACAAUGGUUGAGGAGAUCCCCAUUCUUGACUUUCUUUAUUUCUUCAAUCGUUUCUUGCGCGCAUACAAAGUGCUUACGCUAACCCCUUCGACACUCUCCUUGCAACUACUCAUUUUGGCAACAGUCGCUUUCCGCACAUUACGGAUGAUGGAAUAUUCAUGGGAGGCUUUUGGAAAACUUGUUGUGAUGGUGAAGGCUAUGGGUUUAAGCACAAGCUACAAAUCAGUGAACCUUUCUGACAAUGAAAAAUAUGAACACGCAUGCCUAAUGACGUGUGUGUUUAUGCUAGAUCGUUCACUUGCCGUUUCAUUUGGACGGCCUCCCCUUAUUAAGGAGGAAGAAUUUGAUCUAAAUCUCUUUCACAGCUAUUCUUCUUCGCAUAUAUAUGGCGAAUAUUCUGAGGUAUUUGAGAGCUUUGUUCGUUGCUACAUUAGCUUGACAUGCAUCCAAUCUCGGAUAAUAACGUUUUUUGAUUCGUUGUCGCUCAAUCCACCGCUGGAACAGGUUAUUCAAAACUUGUACACCAUCGAUUUCUCGUUGGAGUCCUGGUAUAAUUCCCUAACCUAUCCUUUACAACACACAGAAAAUGAUCCCAAGUUACAUGCUCACACCGUUAAGGUUAAAUAUCUUCAGCUUUUGUACAUAAGUGAGCGAUUGCUGCUUCAUCGGGUUCCUUUUAUUCACAAAGUUACACCGCCUUCUACAAUUAAUGGCCGACAAGUGGAGUCUAGUUACGAUAUAUGCAUGCAAAGUGCUCGUCAAGCUAUCAUGCAGCUUCGGAACAUAUGCCUUGAGACGAUACUGACCGUUCCACUGUUUCGAGAAACAGCGUUUAUUUGUUGCGUGGUCUUGUUUCUUGGACAUGCUUUGUAUCCAGACAGGGAACCUACGGAGCCCGAUAUUAAGCUUGUCAAGCUGAUGCAUGUAAUAUUCACCAUUCUUGGUCGGAGCUCUACAAGCCUGCGUGUUUCUUUUCUUGCAACCUAUUUGAAAAGGCUCAUUCGUUUAAUGGAAGAGCUGCCCGUUUCCUCGUCCUCAAAAGUGCCUAUAGAAAACACAUUGUCCAUGCUACAGGAUGGCGGCUCCCUUGACUUGAAAAGCAUUACAAUGCUAAAUACAGACUUUUCUGACUUCUCGAGUGCAUACUCUUUGGAUCAAACGCCUGUUGAUACGUAUCCCAAAGAUAUGCCAACCACACUUAACGAAUUUCCUGCCAACGUUAUGCUGCCUAAUGGUGGUAUAUGGUCCUCCUUUAAUUACUCAAGAGAGUAA